UGAGUGUAUCUCCAUUGCUCCUCCUUAGUAUCAGAGAUGAUCUUCUUUCUCUCUCUUUCUUUUUCAUUCUCUCUGUGCUUCUCUCUCUCUUUCUCUUUCCCUUUCCUGUAAAUUCUGCCUUUAUCUUUACCUUUAUUCCACCAUUAUUAUUUUUCUUCUCUUCCAUCAUUAUCAAUGUUACAAAGGAAGAAAAAAAUUGUCUAUGGUUCUUAAAUUGAUUGACAUCCUUGACCAGUGAUCUUGUUUUCCAUCAUCUAGAUCAAUAGUGAAUCCUCUUGAUUGGCUUAUCUAUCUUAUUCUUAAAAUCUGCUGGUAAAAUUUUCAAGAAAAGUGAUAAGUUAAAUUAAAGAAGGAAAAAGCAAAGGAAUUGAUCUCAGAGGUUGGAUUUCAAUGGAGAUUUAAUGAGGGAGGAAGGUUAACUUAAAGAUAAGUUUUAAAUUGAAAACAAAAUCGUACUUGUAAUGUUAUGGUGAUGAUGUAUAAUGUUCAGUUCCAGUAAAUUAACCGAAGAACAUCCUGGUUGCAUGAUGGUUCCACCACCGGUAUCUCAACAGUUUUGUCUCAAAUGGAAUGACCAUUCAUAUAAUUUAGUGAAAACCUUUUCAUCAAUGGCUUAUGAUCAAAAUUUUGUUGAUGUUACCCUGGCAUGUGAAGGAUCAUCAAUUAAAGCUCAUAAAGUCGUUCUAUCUGCUUGUUCUAACUAUUUUAAGGAGCUAUUUCUAUCUAAUCCAUGUAAACACCCAAUUGUUAUACUGAAAGAUAUGAAAAUGGAUGAUUUAAAGGCGAUCGUUGAUUUCAUGUAUAAAGGAGAGAUAAAUGUUUUCCAACAUCAGCUUGGUGCUCUUCUUAAAACAGCCGAGAUACUUAAGGUUAAAGGUUUAACUGAGGCAAAGGAUGACGAUGAUGAGAACAAAUUAAACCAAGAGAUGAGGGAAAUGGAUAAAGAAAAUGAGCCGGUUAAUAAUGAAUUACCCCGAACUGUUGUUGGUGAUCAUGCAACUAUUUUGACAGAAAAUGAAUGCCAUAUGAACGGUGUCUCUUCCCAAGCACAUUAUCAACCACCAGCUCAACCCCCUCCACCUCAACAUCCUAUUCAACAAAUCUCCCAACAGCAGCAGCAACAACAACAAGCACUCACCUUAUCUCAGCCACUCGCGGUUUCAUCAACAGUUCAAAUUCAAUCACAAGUUAAUAAUAAUAGUAAUAAUAGUAAUAAUGUUCAACCUCAAAUUAAUCUGAAUCAACAGCAACAAUCCCAAUCUCAGCCAGCACAACAACAACAACAACAACAACCACAACAACAACCCCAGCAAAAUCACCAACAACCUCCUCUAUCUCCAAUCCAGAAACAACCUACACCGACAUCAACACCAACUCCUAUUAUCCAACCUCAACCUCAACUUCAACUUCAACUUCAACCACAAUCGCUCACUCCACCUCUGUCUCAACAAUCACCUCCCCCUGCUCCCCUUGUUCCUCAGAUUAAACAAGACAUAGAUGUGUCUCAACAAAUUCAUACUAAUCAACUUGCUGCUCAACAGCAGCAGCAGCAACAACAACAACAACAACAACAACCAUCUUUACCCCAAACGCUACAUAAACAAACAAUACAACCCCGUAAACGACGUCGUAGGAGGUCAAAAAGAUCAGUUGAUAGUUCUAGUGUUGAAGAAGGGUCUGGAAGUGAUGAAGCCUCUGGAUCCGCUUCAGGUGACGAUGAUUCUGUAUCAGGUGAUAAUUCAAUAUCGAAAAGGUUAAAACCUCCAAUACCUCCGCAACAAGGAAACAGUUCAAGUUUAGAUCAUUCAAAUCAUUCCUUGACUUCUCGAAGGCGACAACCUUUAGCCCUACCACCACCACCUCCACCGCCUGUAGUUUCAUCUGGUUUACAAUCUCACAGAGAAUUAGUAAAUAACAGUGAUUAUGGACAUUUAGAUGAUAGCUCCGAAACGUGGCAAGAUGGUGAGCAAAUGUCUAUGAACAAUCCAAUGGGAGAUGCAUCGGAGGAAUCAAAUGGAAUGAUUGAUAUCAAACCAAUUGUAUCAUUUGAUGAAGGUUCGGUUGGUGCAUCAAUGAACAAUAUGUCAGUUUCAUCGGAAAACAUGAUUGUUGCUCAUAUGGAUUAUCCUUCAUUAUCUCCAGGCUCAACGGGAUCAACACCAUCUAAUGCAUCCAACACAGGCAAAAUUUGUCGAUGUCAACAUUGUGGUUUAACAUUUACAGCUUAUAGUAGCUUAAGGAGGCAUAUGCAGCGCCACUUUGCUGAUCGAGAGAGAUAUGUUUGUGACAUUUGUCUUAAAUCAUAUUCUCGUAAAGAUUAUCUGAAAGAACAUAAAAAAUUGAAACAUCCAACGUGAUAAAAACAAAACUGGGAAAGGAACAUCAUCAUUUCUUUAUCUUCCAAGUGGAUGUGAUUUUUUUGUCUCUCUCUCUCUCUCUUUUCCAUUUUAUCUUCUCUAUAUAUACAUAUUAUACAUCUGAACACUUUUUUUGGAAGUUGUGUUAAAACAAAAAGCAAAGGCGAAACGUCAAGUCAAUUUGAAGACAAUUAAGGAAAUCAAUUGGAUCUAUAGAACUUACUAUUUAUGGAAGAAAAGACUUAAGAAGAUAUUACAAAGCAAAUCGCAUCUUUCAUUCACUAAAUUCUCUCAUCUGAUUGGUAUGCAACCUGGUUUUCUGAUAUACGCUUUGCAUGGACCUUUUUUUGUGACAUGAAUGUGCUCUCUUUCAUUGAGAGAAGAAGGAGAAAAAAAGCAAAAGGAAAACCAAAUGAACACCAUCAUCAUUUCAUCUUCAAUUUUUCGAUUUUUUGUCUGUCUCAUUCAUCAUCUUCAUCUCCAUCAUCAUCUGCAUUUGCUUUUUUUUCUCUCUCUCUCACUCUCUCUCUUUCUCAUUGAUUCUUAUCACUGUUUUUUUCCUCUUCUUUCGUUCUUAUACCACCAUCACUACAUUAUUACAAAGAUUUUUUUUCCACCAAGGAAGCAAAAAGAUUCUAUAUAUACAUUAAUUGGUGUUUUAUUCAAUUAAUUAUCACCAUUUGACCAACGGAUACACAUACAGAGAGAGAGAGAGAGAGAUCACUCUACACCAACGUACACAAAAAUCAACAACACUUACAUUAACCACAUCAUAUUUAUCAACUUAAAUUCAUAAUUUCCAUGGAAAUCUGCCAUGGUUCUAUGAAACCUUUUUCAUUUUGCUUUAAAUUAAUGUGGAAAAUAUUUAUUCAAAGAACAUGAUCUAUUCAAAUACACACACAUAUACAACCAGAAGAAAAAGCCACCUUUCCAUUUAGGAUCCAAUUUCAUUGACAAGGCAAUUUAAUAAAACUAUUUUGGUCAAAUUAAAGUGGAAAUUAUACAAACGACAAUAAGAGUGCAUGUCAAUCACAAAACUCUUGUAAAAUUAACUCUCGGAGAAAGAUUCAUCAUUAUUUUUUGCUGUUCUCUUCCUCCUACUAUACACACACACACAAACUCUCUCUCUCUCCCCUCCAUCUCUUCCUAUUACUUAGUCUCCCUCUAGUUAAUUUGAAAAACUUCACUAUCGAUGAUUAAUUUAACAACUAAUGAAAAUUUCUUUGUUUAUGUAUUAUAAUGAAAAGAGCUCACUUUCAUCAUCCCUUAUAUAACAAGUGAAUAUAUAUCUCCCUCUCUUCACGAGAAGCUCUCUCAUCCCCAUUUUCUUUAGCUACCUGAGCCAAAACCUUUAAUUAUUUCUCCCUCUCCCUCUCCCUCUCUCUCUCCUUUCUUCAAGAAAACUGAACGAUAUUUUCAUUGCGAGUUAAGUUACCAACCAUCCGUGUAUUUAUUUAGCAUGAACACCAAAAAGACACCAACACAAUAUACAACCAAACAAAGAAAGAAAAAGGAAGACGAUGAUGAUUAUGAUGAACAAAAUUCACAGGAAACCAAUUAUUCAAUUGUAAACAAUUCUCUUGAUAAUCUAAUUACUCUCCUUCUCUUUACUUUUGUCGUUUCCCUUUAAAAUUGAACCAAAGCAUUGAUUAGACAAAUAAUUACACAGCAAAAACAAAAUGA